AUGUUUCAAAGAAGACAAAUUCAACGAAGACAACAAAAUGCAAACAGAGUAAUUCGUCGACAAAAUCGUCAAAGGCGCAUUCGAUUUAUUAAUAAUCUAGAUACUUUGAGUAGAAUCGCAAACCUGCCUCAGCAAAUUAUUGAUGAUAAUUCUACGUUGGAUCAAUUUUUCAAUGGGUAA